GCCUCACCGGCUCACGCUGCAGGCAGAACGAGUCGAACGCCGGAACACCGAUGCUCCCGGCGGGGCACCGCUCCCGCCGCGAGUUUCCGGCCGCUGCGGGGCAAGGCCGCCGAGUCCGCGGGCUGCGCCGUCCUGCCGUGCCUGACAGAAAAGUUCUCCUCGCCGGGAGAAGCCGGUGGGGCCAUCGCCACCCCCCGCGCCGGGGCGGCCGCUCACAGCCGCGUCCCCGGGUGGCACCGCUGCCGGUUUGCUUUCGUGGCCCCCGGGAGCCUGCGGAGAGCCCGGAGUCAUCCCCAGCAGCAGGAGCUCCCGCGGGGAACGGCCUUGGCUGUGGGGCCCCGGGGCGUCCCACCCCGGGGGAGAUACACACCCGCGGGAUGCACCCGCUGCCUUUGCUGUGCAUAAAUUCGCAACCGGCACACUUGUCUGUAAGGGAGGGGAUUGUCUGAAUGCACCGCGGCGCACUCGGCCGGUUACUUUGUUUCACAAGUCACUCAAUUCCUGCCAACGCCAAAAGAGUGGUUUUGUAGACUGACGGUGCUUUUUUCUUGAGCCCCCAAGCCCCGCAGCCCUGCGGAAAGGCAGCUCCGGGGCGGGGAACGAACAGCGGCAGCGCCCGGGCCAAGCGUCAGAACAUUUCUGGGGCCGCAAAGCACCCCCGGCCCGGCCGGCUGUGCCGCCCCGCCCCGCACCCCGCCCCGCGGCCAUGGCGGCCCCGCUGAAGCGCUGCCUGCUGCGGCGGCGGGACGGGCGGGAGCAGCACGGCGUGGCCGCCUCCUGCCUGCGGGAGCUGCGCGACAAGGCUUAUGGCAUUCUGGCUAUUGACAAAGCCAAGGAGCCCAUCACCUUAGUUCUGGCAGAAGAUGGCACCAUCGUGGAUGAUGAAGAUUACUUCUUGUGUCUGCCACCUAACACCAAGUUUGUGGCGCUGGCCAAGAAUGAGAAAUGGUCCAGCAGAAGCUUAGACAGUGGAACAGCCUGGCCCUCGGAGUCUGCAGAUGAAGUGGACAGUGCUGCAGAGAAGUGGAAGCAGCUGGCCAGGCAACUGAAGGAGGACCUGUCCAAUAUCAUCCUGAUGUCUGAAGAGGACCUCCAGGUGCUAACUGAUGUACCAUGUUCAGACCUGGCAGAAGAACUUGCCCAAAGUCAAACCAAAGUCCAAGUAUUGCAGGACACCCUGCAGCAGGUGCUGGACAGACGAGAAGAAGAACGGCAGUCAAGACAGCUCCUGGAGCUCUACCUACAGGCCUUGAAAAAUGAAGACAGUAUCUUAAGCAAAGUAGCAGAAUCCGAGGCUGUACCAAGAAAGGAGAUGGAUGUGGUUGACACAGGAACCAGCAGUACAAGCACUUCAGCCAAAACGGUGCUCAGUGACCAGAUCCUUGCUGCUCUGAAAGAGAAGCCUGCUCCAGAGCUCUGCUUGGACAGUCAAGAUCUAGAGCUGGUCUUGAAAGAAGACACACAAGUCCUGGCCUCAGCUCUAAGAUGGGACAAGCAGAAAGCUGAAGCUCUGCAGCAAGCCUGUGAUCAGGAGCUCUCCAAGCGUCUACAACAAGUGCAGACUUUGCAUUCCCUAAGGAGCAUGUCCAAGGGCAAGAAAACACUCCCCUGGGGAGACUGGCCUAGUUCAAAACGCAAAAAAUAAGACUGCAGUGCUGCCUGCAGGUUUGUGUUUGUGUGGGGGUUUUUUGCAUUAGAAUCAAUCCAAGCAAAGAUACAUCCUGGGAGCCAUAGUUUGCUGGUCAUGCUGUGGUUGGGCUUUAGAGAACUAAAAUCUGGACAUUGUCCCAAAGCUUAAACUCCUGUGAUGAUUCAAAUUAUGUGUAACCAAAGGGGUUUUGACUUUUGCAGACUACUAGAACAAUGGUAUUGCUAAACACAGCAUGUAGGGGUUCAGCUUUGAAUACCUGGUUGGGAGCCAGAAGCUUCCAUGUGAUAAUGAUGGAUCUGGCUGCUGAAGCCCCAGGCAGUUUGCUUGCUUUGUCCUCCCACCAUUUUCACUGUGAAGGAUGGAAGACCUCUGGAAGGCGCUUUGAGGGACAGUUAGUGAGCAGGACAGAGGCAUCAGGCAGCUGCUGCCUGGCUUUAAGCACCAGCCUGGGAUCUAGGAAUUGAAUUAUCAUGCUAAUUUCACUGGUUAAAUUAAAGGCCUUUAAUUUCUGUGCUUUUUCUGCUUCUUGGACCAACUUGUAAAACACAGCAAAGGUGGAAAUAUUUGCUUUGUAAGGCUGUGGAGCAGAAGACUUGUAUCUGCCCUGUCUUUUUUGCUCUCCUAAUCAUUGGUGUAGUAUCAUGAUGCUUUUUUAUUAACUGGCUUAUUUUGAAUUUGUUAAAGUCUUUUUUUCUAAUAUCAUUAAAAUCUUUUUACUUGUUGGA